CGAAAACGGGUGGGGAAAAGGAACGUUUGGUGCUCAGCCACGUCAUUGUAAAUGGAGUAAAAGUACGUUUGAACCAAAAUAGAAGAUACCGAAACGGGAUUUAGCCGCUGCGAUCACACUCCACUGCGGCGGUACCGGGACUGUUUAUACCCAAAUCAGGAGACGUUAUUAAGUACACCUGUCGGGCUUUGUAGCAUAUGGAAAGAUGUCAGAUAUCGGGGACUGGUUUAAAAGCAUCCCGUUUAUCACGCGUUACUGGUUCGCGAGUUCAAUCGCUGUGCCUCUUAUCGGGAAGCUGGGCUUGAUCAGUCCCGCGCACCUCGUGCUGUGGCCGGAAGCGUUCUUUCACAAGUUUCAGAUAUGGAGACCCAUAACUUCAACAUUCUACUUCCCAGUUGGACCAGGAACAGGUUUUCUGUACAUGGUCAAUCUCUACUUCCUGUAUCAGUACUCCUCCAGACUGGAAACAGGGGCCUUUGAUGGAAGACCAGCAGACUAUGUGUACAUGCUGCUUUUCAACUGGAUUUGCAUUGUUAUAACAGGGCUGAUGAUGGACAUGCAGCUCCUGAUGAUCCCGUUGAUCAUGUCAGUGCUGUAUGUUUGGGCCCAAAUGAACCGAGACAUGAUCGUGUCCUUCUGGUUUGGUACAAGAUUCAAGGCCUGUUAUCUCCCCUGGGUCAUCCUGGGAUUCAACUACAUCAUCGGUGGCUCUGUGGUGAACGAGCUGAUUGGAAAUUUAGUGGGUCAUCUUUACUUCUUCCUCAUGUUCAAAUAUCCCAUGGACCUGGGCGGCAGAUCCUUCCUGUCCACUCCUGAGACCCUCUAUCGGUGGUUUCCCAAUCGACGCGGUGGAGUUUCUGGAUUCGGCGUCCCACCCACCAGAAGACGUGACCCUCAGGAACCGGCAGGAGGAGGCGGUGGACGUCACAACUGGGGGCAAGGCUUUCGGCUCGGGGAAGACUGAGGACGUCCUCCUACUGAAGCCUCCACAGACACUGAUGCUCAUCAGGCACAUAAUACAACAUUGAUGCUGCAGAACACAAGUUUGCAUACGUUUGGGCUUCGGUUCAGUUUUUGUAUCUCUCCUUCCGACUACGAAUGAAACGAAGGCGACACAGAGCUCCUUCACACCAUGUCAGCGUGUUUGUUUACUCUUUGUCAUAUUGUACGUCACUGUGUACCUGGGUUUCUCUCAGGCGCGAGCAGCCUGCGGAACGAGGAGCUCAGGCAGUGUUUGUGUAAAGGAGACGAUUUAGAGGACUGAAAUGGUUUUUUCCUCAACUCUAGCACACUGUGGCAGUGUGUGAUGGCUUCAGAUCGAAUGCUUUAGUUUUCUUGUCUUGUUGAUUGUCAUGUACAGAAUCUUAACUUUUUCUUUGACUAAGAAAUUUGAAGAUGUGCAAAUUCUGUGUUAAUCGCUUUUACUAGUAAAUUUUUUUGUUCAGAA